AUGACAGAACCAGCUUGUGGUACCUGUCGUAAGAAAUGCCGCAAGUGCGAUCGCAAACGUCCCAUCUGUGAUCGUUGUCGGACUAGAGGCCUCCACUGCGAGGGUUACCCUCCACGUUUCCAGUUCUGCGAGGUUCUGACUGCUCCAUCUCGCAAAAAGAGUUCCAACGUCUCAUCUUCGAGUGAUCCUGGAACUUCAUCAACAGUAACGACCUUUGACGAGUCAGUCCUGGAAUCACCAACCGUGCCUGAAACUGUAAUUGCGGUGACACCUUCUGUGGAACACUCUGUCACCGAGCCUUUGGACAAUAAUUCACUCGAACCUGCCGAGGACCUGACUCAGAACUCAUCUAUCUCGGAUUACUUAUCGGUCUCGUCGCCCACUAAUACUCAAUACUCGACAACUCAGGUCUCGUUCGCCUCGCCGCUUGUCCCAGUCCCCCAGCUAGAGAAUGAGAUCAUUGCAAAUCAGCCAAUCAUAGAUAUGUCCUACCUCUUGCUUACCAACAUCAAGGCAUCCUUCAUGCCUUACUUGGACUUUCAGUAUGCCAUAUGCAUAUUUCAGGAAACGAAAGUAGCCAGUACUUUGUUGCAACUUCCUGCAGUUAUAGGAUCUCAGCUCUACACUCUCUUGGGUCCUUACUCCUGCUGCUACUGGUACUACACGACGUAUAUAAAGCCCUACAUCUAUCACUAUGUUUGUGAGACUGGCAUCUCGGCUAAUGGCGCGCAUCUUACUGGUGUCUCAUUUCUUUGCAAGAGAAUGGCUUACCCAGCUAAUUGCUCGACACGAUCCAAGGCCGGAAUUUUCUUCACAUCUGCCUUAUCCUGGCUAGAUAUGUUGCGUGGGUUUAGCGGGGCUGAAAAGCUAUCUUACUCGCAAGAUAUACGCAGAUGCGUGCGUGAUCAUGGAAGUCUUAGCCUUCACACCCUCGUAGGCUGCCCUGCCAGUCUUUUCUACGCGAUAGGCCAGGUCCUAGCGGCUGGUAAAGCCAGCCUAGCAGGAGAACUCUCCUUCGAGAAAUUCAAACAGGUACUCGAUGACGCUGAAAGAUUUUUUCGCAGCUGGGACCCAGAACAAGUAAUCUACCCUACUGGGCAUGCCGAAUGGAAGCAUUUGGCCGAGGCUUAUAGACAUGCUUGUCUCCUUCGUAUUAUGCGGUUUCCAGAUCCUUACCUUCUCUCAUGUAAUGAUCCUCGGAUCAAGGAAUCUGUAGCCGCUAUCCUUGACGUCUGUUCAUUGGUACCCAGAGAUAGUGUUUUCUUCAAGCGGCUAUUGUUUCCCAUAUUCUUAGCUGGGGCCAAUACUUCCUCGCCGCACCAGAUACAUUACGCCAAGUGGUGUAUUAGUGGGAUCAAGACGGCAACGGGGUUUCAACAUCCAGCCUUAACUAAAGUUCUAGCCAGCGUGUGGAAUGAAAGGAAGGCUAAUCCCUUCAGUCUAAUCGACGUGUGCUGGAUGGACUUUACAUGCUCCGAGCAGUUGAGAUCCCAACAUGCUUACCUUUUCUUUUAA